AUGGCUCAUCCUAUAAUUGGUUUCCGGAUUUUCAGAAGAUCACGAUUUUCAGAAAUUUCUGGCCUCUUAUCGAAAUACGGCCCAAAGUUCCUGUGGAAAUCCGGCUUGGAAAUCGAACAACAUGCAGCCCAACUCAUUUUUGGGCCUCAAACCAUGCAAAUGUCAGAUGAAAUCGAAAAAUCGCAAAGCGCCGCUACCAAACAGACUUGA